UCACCCUCGAAGCAUCGUUACCCAUCGCUCCACAAAAGCUGCGGCCCUGGCACAGCAAUGGAAACGACUACUUCAAGGUCUCAGAGCGAGUGACGUCACCGCUAACUAGCUAGCCAUUUCACACCGGUUACAUUUAGUGGUAGGUAGAUUAAUAGAAGAUCUACUAGUGAAUCUACAAGAUUACAGUGGAGUCAUCACACCAUUAAAGGAUACAUUCAGCAAACCUCUACUCUCUGUCACCACUCAGACAUGAAAGUAAACCCAAAGAUGUAAACCAGCAGGGGCACAAGAAAGAGAGAGAUGGAUGGAGAACCUAUGCACCAUGGUUGUGGCUCUCUAACCUGUUCUUCAUCUCGGUUCCUCUCUCUCUCUCCCUCUCCAGCACCACAUGUCAAAAAGCGGUGGGGUUGGAGGUCACUGGAAGGAAUCCCCCAAGAAGAACGCCCUGAACGAGCUGCAGGACAAGCUGAUGGGGGUGCGUCUGAGAGAGGCCCAGGCCCAGGCUGAACUCAGGGAGGUCAAACUCAAAGCCAUACAGCUGGAGAGCCAGAACCAGAUUCAUGGCAAGCUGAUUGGGCGCCAUGAGGUGGAGAGCGCCGCCCUGCAGGAGAGGCUGCAGCAGCUGGCUGGCCAGAACAAGGGGCUGCAGGCCCAGCUCACCGAGAUGAAGAGGAAACGGGCUGAGCUCGACUGCAAGAGUAAAGAGGAGGUGAUGGCGGUGCGCUUGCGGGAGGCUGACAGCAUGGCUGCCAUGGCUGAGCUCAGACAGAAGAUAGCUGAGCUGGAGAUACAGAAGGAGGAGGGUCUGAUCCAGGGUCAGCUGAACCACUCUGACUCCAGCCAGUAUAUCACCCAGCUUCGAGACCAGAUCGGAGAGCUCAAGAACGAGAUCAGGCAGCUCCGCGGGCAGCGCUCCAAGUUCGCCCCUAGUUCCCGGGACGGGGGUGGGGGCUACCCGGACCUGUGUCUAGCUAGCCCCUCGUCGGCCGGAGGCGACUACCUGAGCUCGGAUGAGGAUCUGCUCCCCAGCCCCAUCCCCCCAGACGCCAUGUACCCCGCCCUGCCCCACCCCCACCCCUCGGCUAGGCUGGACAGCGAGGGCAGCACCGACAGUGAAGCUGAGGCCCACCCGGACCACCCCCACCACGGCCCCUCGCAGCAGCUCUACACUAGCAUGGUGUGUGCUGAGGUCCUGGACAACUGAGCCAUGGAGGUCCCUGGAACUCCCUGGUGCUGACCUAGACUACUGAAGAUACAGUAGAGAUACUGUACUCACCCCAAAUGUACUGUACUACUGUUCUCAUCCUAAACUACUGUAACCUGUAACAGACAUACUCCCCUCCUUUGUGCUGGUGCCAUGGUCUCUCCUCUCUUUGUAAUUCUCUUCUCUCCAUCUCCCCCUUUUACCUCUCUCUUCACUCCUCUCUCUCCUUCACUCUGAUCGCUCUCUUUAUCUCACUCGCUCUCCCUCAAUCUCUUUCUCCUCUACAUUCUCACCGGCAGACCAUGUAUUCCCUAUGGGGGUAUAGUCAAUUCCCCUCUCCUGUCCUGUCCUUGCCAUUAGUUUCCACACUGCACUCCGGACCCGAGUGGAAAAACAUGUUACUUCAGUACGCUCGCUCACUGUGCAGCAAGCAUAUCCUAUCCACACAGAAAGACAAGAAAAUAAAAGGGACUGAAAAUUGACACAAAAAAAGCUUUCAACUUUCAAUACUCCAACCAUACAGCAGUGACUAUGAGAUGCAUAGGACAUCGCUUUGAUGAAAUGAUUCCCCUCAAAUUGGAAGGACUUCAAUAUGGACUUGGGAUCGGUGAAAGAGGAGAUGGAUGUCUUAUUGGGCUUGACCCUGCUCGUACUGUACUGUCCCAUGAGAGAUGUGAAACAUACUGUCUCCCUCCAUCUCUUUCCUCCUCCUUUUCUCCCAGAAAAGUUGAUCACCCUCUCGAUCUCUCCUAUUCUCUCUCUCUCUCUUUCUGUCAUUCCAUCAUUCCAGGAAGACCCAUUAGCCACCUACACUGCCUGUUAAAAUAGAAACAACCCUCCACUGUAACCUCACAAUACACACUCUUCAAAGAAAUGGGAGGGAAUGAUGGAAGGAUAGAGGUAGGAGAAGUAAGGUAUGGACUUGUACACAUCAAUAUCAUAGGGAUGUUACUAGAUGACAUCCCAUGCAUAGAUGAAUAUUAUCAAUUUACCUUACUGAAAUAUGUAUGUUGUGUCUCAAUGCCUUGCAAAUGAAACAAGGCAAGCGAAUUACGAUGGGUAAUGUAAAAGAAAAUCUCCACGUUGCCAAAUCGUUGGUUUUCUUUCUGCUAUUAUUUAUGUUAUUAUUUAUUUUAAUUUUUUUUUAUAUAUCUAUAUAAAUAUAUAGAUACCGACGGCGGCCAAACUUGAUAUAUACGUUGAGUUCCAUCGGUCCUUUGUGCCAACUUGAAUCCUAACGCUGAGGUGUCAACGGACGGGGUAAUUAACGAUGCAUGUAAGAGACAGAACGAACACGCUGCUAUGAUUUUCCUUUUUUCUCCCAGUCUUUCUCCCAGGAAUCAGUUGCGAGUGCAAAAACUACCGUGAAUAAAUUGUUGAAUGGUUAUGGCUAUACUUUAUAAUGAUGUCUCUACCUAUGGCUUAUGAAAUACCCACAUAUAUAGAACUCCUUUAUAAAGGCAUUUUUAAACCCUUAAGGCAUUUUUAAACCCUAAGAGCAUAUAUUAACCCACAAGUGUUUGUAAAAGGACAACAAUGGCUCAGUCAAUCAUUCAUUUUGUCUAAUGGUGAGGCUAGAGUUUGACUAGUUUGGGACUGAUUGGCAUGUGUCCGUCAAAAGGCUGGGUGAGUGACGUGAAGGGGUUAAUUUGAAGUUGUAAAAAAAAAAGAGAAAGCUAUUUGUUGUUAUUGACCGAUCAGAGGCAAUAAAAAAAAUAAGAUAAGUGUACGGAUCAGAUCAUCAUAAAUACAC